UUUCAGUAACACUACGGCAGCACUGGAUCAGUUUCCGUUUGGGCCGGCAGCCAUCUUUCUCUCAAAAGCCGUAGAAGACAUCGUUUUCUCACGUCUGCAGCGUGUCAGGGCAACAAUAUGCAGAUUUUCGUUAAAACUUUGACGGGUAAGACCAUCACCCUUGAGGUCGAACCGUCUGAUACUAUCGAGAAUGUUAAGGCGAAAAUCCAGGACAAGGAAGGUAUUCCUCCUGAUCAGCAGCGUUUGAUUUUUGCUGGCAAACAGCUUGAAGAUGGCCGUACUCUCUCUGAUUACAACAUUCAGAAAGAGUCAACUCUCCACUUGGUGUUGCGUCUGCGUGGUGGUGUCAUUGAGCCUUCUCUGCGUAUCUUGGCUAUGAAGUACAACUGUGACAAGAUGAUCUGCCGGAAAUGCUAUGCUCGUCUUCAUCCCAGGGCAACCAACUGUCGCAAGUCAAAGUGUGGUCACACAAAUAACUUGCGCCCCAAGAAGAAGCUGAAAUAAAUGUAUUCACAGGCAUCUUGCUUGGAAACGAAAUACAAAAGUUUCAAUGGUA